AGCAACGGACUGAAAGCGAGCGUGAUUGAUUUUUUGGGAAUUUCUUCAAAUCAUGUAUUAAAUGGUAUCGGAAACUUAUUCUUAGUAAAAGAACAAUAUAUCUCGAGCUUAUUUAUGUGCUAAUUUGUGAAGUGCGUUUCUGUUUUGAACGAGAAAAUGAAGGAUCCGUUUGCAUCUGAUGCCGUCGAUUCUCCAGCUCAUAGUCUGAAGAAUAUCGAUGGUUGUUACAAUAAAAACUUAUUUAAAACAAAGUCCUUUGCUAAUUCCCGUCGUGCCUUACAAUCGGGGGCGGAUAAGAUUUCCAGGACUUGUAGGAGCAUUAGAAACACCUUCGGAAAUUUGUCACAGCAUUUCAGGCUGGGAGGCAGGCGGCGUCACCGGCUGACAGAGACUGGGUCUCCGUGCCGAGUCCCAACUACACCGGUAGCCAAAAAGAAAUCGAUAUUAGCUAGAAGCCCAACCAAGCUGUACAGUCCGUUUGGCAUCGAAACUCCUCACAACCGAGACUUCAGGAUGUCUCCGUACAUGCCUGAUACACCUGAUCAUGGAUUGUCGCCCAAAAGACGCAAAGGGCUGACGCAACCAUGGCACCUCCUAGCCAAGAAAAGACCCCGAGCCCUGUUCCACUGAACUACAGUCCGUUAUACACGCACAAUGUAUCCCACCGCUUAAUGUAAGGUUAGCUUUCGUAAUUAUUAUUGUAAUCGGUAAACGACACUUACAGCGAAGAAAUAUUUGAUAAAGGUUUUUUUAGUGCAGUCGACAGCACAUUUGAUUAUACAUUUUUGUUGAAAUAAUACAUGGUGUUGAUUUCAAUUCUCGCCAUAUUUAUUUAAGUGAUCUAUUACGACUUGAAUAAACUCAUUAUCCACAAAAAAUAAAUUACAAACGAAAGUGGAAUUUUUUGCAAAUAUUUUCCUCCGAGCGACUUCACUGUACUCGCACACUCACUGCGGGCGCGCGUCGCACAGUCGCGACAGCAAUAUAAUUACGCGAGCGAUAAGGAUGGGUAGCUUGGGGUCAUUGGACAAAAUUCUACGUGCUCCUGGACCAGACUAUACAGAUAUUAUAAUUACAUAAGAUACUAAUUACUAUGGUGUUAAGCUAGAUAUGCUGUCGUCUGUACAUUCUUGUGCCUUUUAACUCAUCAAGUACCAGGGAGACAAGACGCAAUAUAAAUUGUUAGCUCAGUCUAAGAUAACUUACUGCCUUUAGGUGUUACGGUAUAGUUUUUACAUUCUCUUGCUGUAAGUGUCGGAAAAUUUAUGCAACUGGUGCUAUAUUUAAAUGUAUUAUCUGCAUACAGCUUGAAUUGACUGAUUAUUGACUGGUUUGCAUGGAAGGCUGAUAUCUAUGGAUGAGAUGUUUGUAAUAUCUUAAAGGCUGAUCGAAUGUACUGUGUGUAAUAGAAUGAUGGAAUUAUCAUUGGAAUCUCGAGAAUUUUUUUGAGACUGUAAGUAAUAAGCCUAUAAUUUCAUAAGUCACCAAUAGAUAUGGCUUAUCAUAAGCAGCUAUCAUUUCAUUUAUUAAUACUUUACAAAACUUUCUGGGGUAUACUCUGCAAAACUCAUAAAUAGAUAGCUGGUGCCAGUGUUGACUUAUUAGCAGGGAGCACUUAUUUUAAAAGCAUGUUAUUGCCAGCUGUUAUACAUGAUGUAUUUGAAUAAAUUGUAUAAUGAAUGUGACUUUCUAAGCAAGUCUCAAGCUUAUAAAAAUAAGUCUCAUUAUGAUGAAAUAAAAACUGCAGAGUAGGAAUGUUACAGUAUUAACUAUCUGAAUUGAUCUUAAGGUUGCCUUAGAUGUAUUUAGAUAGAAACAAAAUGGUUAGGGCCAAUGGUAUGGUGAUGGCAAGAUGAGUUUUCCCAUGCAUUUUUAUUGUUGGCAAUAAUAUUGAAAAUGUGUUGCCAGUGAUUUCAUUCAGUAACUGAUCUGUAUUUUCAUUUUGACUUAUCAUUUAUUUAAAAUCACUAAAAACAGUAUUAUAAUGUGUAUCAGUAUUUAUACUAAGCCAAAAUAAGGUGUGAAAAGUGAUUUUUAUACAGUUACGCUUCGCUAUGACAAUAUUAUAAUCCUGCUGUAAUGCUUAGGAUAUAAGAAGGUUCCGAUUUAUCUCUUUAAUAUAUUUUUAGGCUAUGAAUUGAUUUACAUUAGUUUUAUUACGGUAUAUUAGUUUUCUUAAGGUAUUCUCUGUUCUACGUUUCUUCGGAAUAAUUUGGAGGUGAUUCUAACGGACGGUCAGUCUCUUUUCUUACUGUAGAUAAAAAAAUUUGAGAAAGGCCAAGAAAUUCAUUACUGUAGGCCUAAUAAGAUGCGCGCCGUGAUAACUUUUAUCGACGUCAAAAUGUAUGGGGAAAAUCGAUUAAAUGGCGUGAUAACCGCUUAUCGCGGCGCGCAUCUUAGGCCUACUGAUAAACAACAAAUACUAUUAAAUUCGGCAUAUAACGAGUUACUUUUUCCUCCAAAUUAUUUUGUAAAAUAUAACCUAAAUAUAAUAACCAGUGAGUAUUUAGUGUUUCUUUUAUGGGUAUUAUUUUAGAUCUGCAUGGACACUAUGUGACCAGUUUUCUUUAUAUUGUAUAUUUCGAAAGACUGAUCAUCUGUAAUACAUAUGUAUCAGAUUUUGGAAUACCUGAGUGAUGAGUGUAUGAUGAGGCUCAAACAUUUCUUUCAUAAUUUGUAAUUAUUUGUAUUACUUAAUUUAAUUAUGUAAAACAUUUACAUGUAGCAUUGCAAUGGCUAUUGAAAUCAUAUUAUAAUUUUUUACUUCA